AUGUCGCACCACGCCCGUAUCGAGGAGGUUUCAGACUCCGACCCCGAUGAGGUCGCCCCCGCCGACCUGAUGGACGAGGAUUCCAUCAUCGAGAGGGCAUCAAUUCCUAUUCGGUCCAACCAAGCUCCCGCCGCGCCGACACCAAUGGCUCCUUCAAUGGCUCAACAGAUGCCAGAGCCCCAGCGCGAGAUCCCCAGACACUUCCAAUGCAUUUACCCAAUUUAUUUCGACAAGACCCGCUCGCGCGCGGAGGGUCGCAAGGUCGGCUCCGAGCUUGCUGUUGAGAACCCGCUGGCUAGAGAUAUCAUGGAUGCGGUGCAGAUGGUGGGCUUGCAAGCUGGCUUGGAACCGGAGAAGCUUCAUCCUAAGGACUGGGCGAACCCUGGUCGAGUGAGGGUGCAUCUGAAGAAUGAAGAUGGUCGGUUGUUGAACCCAAAGGUCAAAAAUAAGCACCACCUCUACAUCCUCGUCGCCCAAUAUCUGAAAGCCCACCCGACCAACGAGCAAUCGCCAUAUCGCUUGCGAAUCCGCGGACUGCCCAUGCCCGAGAAGCUUCCUGCCGCCCCGCCUGCCCCACGUGGCUGGAAGAUUGGCAAGAUCCUGCCUAUUCACUCCCCUGCAUACAGCGGCGGCGGUGUCAGCGACAACCCGUUCAAGGAGGCUAUGGCCGAAAUGCAGAGCAUGCAGGGAAUGCCCGGUAUGCCGUCAAUCCCCGGAAUGGAUGGACUGGCUGGCAUGAUGUCGGGGAUGGGGGGUGAGCCUUCGGGCGCCGGUGCCGUGGAGAAGAAAAAGAAGGACAAGAAGAAGGGUAAGGCCUGA